CGCUUUAUGUGUAGCUGGGUGGGAUUUCGUGCAAGAUCCUAUUAUUUUGCCACGAAUCUUUAAAGCUACAUUCCCAAAAUAAGAUCUAACCAAUAAAUAUUAAAUUUUUAAAAGACCAUAUUUCUCAUCGCACAUUCUCUUCUCAAAAAUCUGAACCAAAAAGAAGAAAAUGGGAAUGGAAGCAAAAUACUUUGAUCUUAACACUGGAGCAAAAAUCCCAUCAGUUGGUCUCGGAACAUGGAAAGCUGACCCUGGUGUAGUCGGAAAAGCUGUCAUUGCUGCUGUCAAGAAUGGUUACAGACACAUUGACUGUGCUCAAGUCUAUGGUAAUGAAAAAGAGGUGGGUGUAGCUCUAAAGGAGCUAUUUUCCUCUGGGACAGUGCAGCGUUCAGAGAUGUUUAUCACAUCUAAGCUAUGGUGUAGUGACCAUGCACCAGAAGAUGUCUCAAAAGCUUUGAGCAGGACAUUAGAGGAUCUGCAACUUGAUUUCAUUGAUCUAUAUCUCAUACAUUGGCCAUUUAGGACAAAGCCUGGCUCAGCGGGAUUUGCCCCAGAAGUCAUGGCUCCAUUAUGUCUUCCUGAGACAUGGAAUGCAAUGGAGAGAUUGUAUGCGUCUGGCCAGGCUCGAGCGAUUGGCGUGAGCAACUUCUCGACUAAGAAGCUGCAAGACUUGCUUUCCUAUGCCAAAAUUCCUCCAGCUGUGAAUCAAGUAGAGUGCCAUCCUGUGUGGCAGCAACCUUCUCUUCACAACUUGUGCAAAUCCACCGGUGUUCAUCUCACGGCUUAUUCUCCUCUUGGAUCACCGGGGUCAUGGAUAAAAGGCGAAAUCUUGAAAGAGCCAAUACUAGUAGAGAUUGCUGAGAAGCUAAACAAGUCAACAGCUCAAGUAGCUCUUCGUUGGGGUGUUCAAAGUGGACAUAGUGUUCUUCCAAAGAGUGUAAAUGAGUCUAGGAUCAAGGAAAACCUGAGCUUGUUCGACUGGUCGAUCCCCAAAGAACUCUUCUCUAAAUUUUCAGGAAUCCAUCAGCAAAGGCUGCUCCGGGGGGAUUUUGCACUUCAUGAAAGCUUAAGUCCUUAUAAGAGUCUCCAAGAACUGUGGGAUGGUGAAAUAUGAGAUAACAUGAUCAUAUGAUAUGGCUUGGCUUGGCUUGGCUUGGCUGGCAUAGCAAAACUCUUCUCGCAAUUUUGUCAUUUCAAUGCAGAGAAAUAUAUUUAAGUAUCAAACUUUUUCUUCAACUUGAUUGAACUUUUUUUUUAUUAAACUGAUACAAAGUACACCAAAAUUUUCUUUGAAUCAUAGAAUAAUGUUUUCGUGUCUACAUGAAUACUUAGAACAUGUAUGGACUUCAUUAUUACUUCUUAAUUUAUGUAACACUUAACUUACAUUUAUUUUUUCUCAUUAUUAUUUUGUUUCUUUUUGGAAUUUUUUCUUAUUUUGAUUUUUUCUAUAAAACAUUAGAAACAUUAUAUUCUUGGGUUACAUAAUUUCCACUCUAUGGAAAGAAGUGUUGACAUCUUAACAAUUUUUCUAUAGAAACAAUUAUCAUUUGAAAUUGAACACACUAGCAGCCGAGAAAGAUAUAGAGAGUAACUUAAGAUAUGGAAGACGUUUAUCAGUGUGUAAAGAAAUAUUAAGAUUGAACAAGCAACAACAGGGGAGUGACUUAUUUGUCUUAUUUUCAUUAUUCAUAAAUCAUAACUCAAAUGGUUUUUUAUAGGGGAUCAAAGUACUUUUUAAGGGAAGAUUUAAAUGCAUAAUUUGAAAUGGUAAAUAUUUAUAUAAU